AAAAACUCAUGGGAUCGAGUACCGCACCGGGAAAAUCUGACGUGCUGCCGUCUGUUUACCUAAAUGACAAAGGGAAAGCGAAUUGACUCUGCGCUGUGAUUGACUUGUAGUCAAAACAAGCCAAGUUUCCAAAAAUCGGAAGAUAUCUGAAAGAAUGGACUCAGUGGGAUCGUCGACUCGGCGUCGACCGACAGUAAGUCAGCACGAGCAAUGGAUGGUUCAAGAUCAGGUGUUCCAAAUCUACGAUAUCUUCGCUACGAUUCCUCAUAGCGCCCAAACCCUAAUGCUUGAGCUUGUACGUGAUAAGCAUAUAGAUUAUCUAACCAGAGGACUCCAGCAACUCAGCCCCUCCUUCGUUGUAUUGGAUUCCAGUCGACCUUGGCUUUGCUACUGGAUCCUGCAUUCGAUUGCUUUACUGGGGGAGUCAGUUGAUUUUGAACUGGAAAAUAAUGCCAUUGACUUUCUUAAUCGAUGUCAGGAUCCAGACGGUGGAUAUGGUGGUGGACCUGGACAGAUGCCUCAUCUUGCAACAACUUAUGCUGCAGUUAAUUCACUUAUUACUUUGGGUGGGCGUAGAGCCUUAUCGUCUAUUAAUAGAGAGAAAUUGUACACAUUUUUGCGGAAAGUAAAAGACCCAAGUGGUGCAUUCAGGAUGCAUGAUGGUGGGGAAAUGGACGUGCGGGCUUGUUACACAGCCAUUUCAGUUGCAAGUAUUCUCAACAUUUUGGAUGAUGAGCUGGUUAAGGAUGUUGGUAAUUACAUCAUAAGUUGUCAGACCUAUGAAGGUGGCAUUGCUGGAGAACCUGGUUCUGAAGCUCAUGGUGGGUACACAUUUUGUGGAUUGGCUGCAAUGGUUCUGAUCAAUGAGGUCAAUCGGCUGGACAUGGCUCGUUUAAUUGAUUGGGUGGUAUUUCGACAAGGAGUGGAGUGUGGCUUUCAGGGGAGAACAAACAAAUUGGUCGACGGUUGUUACUCCUUCUGGCAGGGAGGUGUUUUUGCAAUAUUACAAAGAUUACGGUCAGUUAGCGGUGAAGGCGUGGCAUUUUCUGAUGCUGAAGCAGGAGAUUAUGCUACAGAUAGCACUUCUGAAGGAGAAGUUACAAAUGGAAAUUCAUCUGAGGCUGAUGAACCUGACCAUUUUAAGCAGGGAGUAGAUCAUGGAGAAAUGGUACCUCCUUUUCACAGUAUGGCCUUGCAGCAGUACAUACUUCUGUGCUCACAGGAACAAGAUGGUGGAUUUAGAGACAAACCUGGUAAGGCUAGGGACUUUUAUCACACAUGUUAUUGUCUAAGUGGCCUCUCGGUGUGUCAGUAUAGUUGGUCGAAAGACGAGCAUUCUCCGCCUCCAACAAGGGCGGUGUUAGGUCCUUACUCUAAUCUCUUGGAACCUGUUCAUCCGCUAUACAAUGUGGUCCUAAAGCAAUACCAUGAAGCUCGUGAUUUCUUUUCUUCUUAGCAAUAUUAAUCUGAACUCAGGUCAGGAUGCAACAGUACUUUGAAAAUUUUGUUCUUCUCAUAGAUUGUAGAAGAGCGCUAGCUUUGAAGUACUAUAUCUUAAUUGUAGUAUUUUCAUAUUUUGUAUUGUGCAGCAUUAGGUCCAUUGUCUAAUUUGACUUCUGAUCAAUGUUAGUUUCUGCUGUUUCUAUAUACAA